AUGUACGGAGACAUCUACAGCCGCGCCGCCGGUCGCUCUCGGGGCGCGCAACGCUUCGAUGAGUACUACCGCUGCUACCCCCUUGUCAUGGCGCCCGGUGCCGAACGACCUGAACUCAACUACGGCUCCAAGAUUCUGCUCCCGCCUUCCGCUCUCGACAAGGUUUCGCGACUACACGUCCAAUGGCCCAUCAUGCUAGAGCUUAUCAACGGCUCGCAGGGCACCCACACACACGCCGGUGUUCUGGAGUUCGUGGCUGAGGAGGGCAGGGCCUACAUCCCGCAGUGGAUGAUGCAGACACUCAAGCUCGACGUGGGCGACAUGAUCCAGAUCAAGACGACAUCUCUCGAGCUUGCCAGGCUUGUAAAGCUCCAACCGCAAUCGGUCAACUUCCUCGACAUCAGCGACCCUCGUGCCGUCCUCGAGAAGGCCUUCCGGAACUUUGCGGCGCUGACCAAGGGCGACGUUUUCAACUUUGAGUACAACGAUGAGAUCUACGAAAUGGCGGUACUGGACGUCAAGCCGGAGACGGCCAAGAUGGGUGUCUGCAUGAUCGAGACAGAUGUCAGCGUCGAUUUUGCGCCGCCAGUUGGCUACGUCGAGCCUUCGCGACAGACACAAGGCAGUGGUACCAGCACACCACGCAACGGAAGGGCUGUUGGCGGAGGACUUCCGGCGGGCGGUCUUUUGCACAACCAGGGAACCAUGGCUCAGGCCAUCAACUACGAUGCCAUCGCACCAGGAGCCACCACCACGUCGGUGGGCAACUUCCAAGGCGAGGGUCUGCGGCUGGCGGCGAAGAAGGGUAGUAAGACGGGAACACCGAAGCCGGCGACGCCGGUGGCGGGUACUUCGACCAACGUUAAGGACGUGGUGCUGCCCAGGAGGAAAAACAACAACGGCCCGUUGCCGUUGCGUCUGCCGCCCAACAAGCUCUUUUUGGGAUACGAGAUCAAGCCUGUCAAGACUGCCGCAGAUAAGGAGAGGGAGGCGGCCGCGGCGAAGCAGCCGCACUUUGCGGGCCAGGGACAGACGCUCCGGGGAGGAGUCCCGAAGAAGAAGAGCAGCGAUGGUGACGAUAAGGCGGUGCAAGCUGAGAAGCAGCCGACAGAGAGCAAGGGAAGGCGACUUGACGGCAGGAAUGUCUAG